CUUAUCUGUCAUCCCAUCAGGGUUCAGUUAAUUCUUCUCCUCACUUUCCUUGAAAACCCCCUUUUCUCAUUUUCCUUAUUAAAUCCUCCUUCUUACACAUUCACAUUAUCAUCAUCUAUCUAUAUAAACAGGACACAACAUUAAUUCAUCACUACAACACACUCAUCAUAUUGUUCUAUAUAUUCACAUUCAAUAACACUAUACAUGGCUAGUGGUGGUGGAGUUGACUUUGAGGACUUGCUUCCGAUGAUGGCGACCAAGCUAGGAGGCGAGGGACUCGUAAAAGAACUAUGCAACGGUUUUGAGUUGCUGAUGGACAAAGAGAAAGGUGUGAUCACGUUGGAGAGCUUAAGGAGUAAUGCUGCGGCGGUUCUUGGGAUUGAGGACAUGAAGGAGGACGAGCUUGUGAGCAUGAUGAGGGAAGGUGACAUCGACGGCGACGGCUGCCUUUCGCAGAUGGAGUUCUGUGUCUUGAUGUUCAGGUUGAGCCCUGAAUUGAUGGAAGAGUCUUGGUUUUUGAUUGAACAGGCAUUGCAAAAUCAUGAUGAUGAACUAGUUAGCAACAAUAACAAGAACAAGAGCAAUUCUUCUAUUUCAUGAUUGUUUUUAUUAAUUAGUACUAUAGGCCAGACAUAGUGCUUCAUUUGAUUUCGGAGUUCAUGGUAUUAAUUAUUUGUAAUUUGUAUCACAGUUGAAAUUGAGAAGAGUGGACACUUUUUUGGGAUACUUUUUGAGUUUAAUAUACUUGUACCAUAGAGACUUAAUUGGAUUAGAACUUCUUUUUAUUUCCUUAAAAUCAUGCUUUACCGGAUUCACUGUGGCAUAACAUCAACCUAUAUAGCAAAACAGUUCUUUGAAGAGAAAAUUCCCAAACCCAGAGCAUUCAUUGCCUGCCGUCGGAUGAGGAUUCAACUGCAACUCUUAAUGAAUCGGCAAAUUGACUAAACAAUUGAUGGAAAGAAUUGUUUCUGGAGUUGAGUUAUUCUGAGUGGAUUAAGAAAUUGACCGAAUCUUAUAAGCUGGAAUUAGGUGGCAUUCUUCUUAAUUAAGGUGUGAAUAGGAAAUUUCUUGUGAAUUUGCCUAGCUUUUAUAAUUACUUUUACCUUGCGGUUGUAGUUGUAGUUGAACCUAUGCUGUAGUGAUUAGUCUUCUACAACACUUCCAAAGUUCCAAUAACUAGAGUCUGGAGUUCUGUUUUUUAUUCUUGCAUUGGCGAUUUGUGUAUUAUUGAGUGUAUUCAA